AUGAACAAUGCCAGCGAGGUCUGUGAGCUGGUGAGGACUACGGUUACCUGUGGAUUGUUUGUGCACUUCAUGAACUACCUGAAAGUGGCCUUCUGUAGCUAUCAUUUGCCUUUCGUAUCAGUCUAUGCUCUGAGCAGUUUCCUCCUUGUGUUGGCCAACUUUGCCAUCAGCUAUUUACUAGCCGAAUACUUCUUCAUGCCAAAUUUUGUGACGCUCAUGGAUAUUUUUCCUUUGACAAACUUCGGUUUCAGUUACCUGUUCUUUGGGCUAUGCUUCUUUAUGCCGCACUACCUCAGUGUUUGGAUGAGUUGUGGGGACAAGGUGGAGCAUCUGAGUGCUCUGCAGUUUUCCCGAAUGACAGGGGAUUUAUUGAGACAUUUUGUUGUUGGCGUCAUGGCCUUGUGUGUCCGCGGACACCGCGUGGAUGGGGUUACCAUCUGGUCAUGUAUGGUCUUUAUUUUACUGGGAUUCGGCUACCUGAUUACCGUGGCCAGCAAGAAGUACGAUAUCUAUCAUCUGAACGAUAAGAUCAAUCAGGACAUGCAUCUGCUCAAGUUUCGGGUGCUUAUGUUCCUAUUUGUAUUCUUCAUGGUUCUGGUUGUGGUUUUUGUGAUCUCGCACUAUAACUUUUGGAAGACCAGUCCGCCCAACGACGAUGAACCGGAGGAGGAUUUCUCCAAUUUGGAAAGCGAUGCCGAAGUCAUGGGGAGAUAUCCGAAGCAGAGGAAUCUGAAGAGAUCCAAGCUCUGGUGGCGAGCUGUGAAUGGUUAUGGGAAUAUGAAGGGUUCCCAAAGGUGCCUAGGGAUUGUACUGGUACCCGUUUACUUUCUGGCUGCUCAUAUGAUUCCUGUUCUAGCAGCAGAUCGCCCCUUGAACGGCUGGAACAAGUAUGUGAACUGCUUCAGUCUUGUGGUCUUUCCCUUCCUGUACAUUCCAGUGGGCAUUGGGCCAGUGGCCUGGCUCAUAUUAGUGUCCACCUGUUGGGAGAUCUCUGCUCUGGUCUUCAUCUCGACCCACUCCCUGAGGCGGCCGGACUAUGUCUGGCCCUAUGCCCUACUCGGACUGAUCAUCAGCUCGGUGGCCAUGAGAUACUUGAUCCAAGAGGUGGAGAAUCUCACCUGGCAGUAUGUCAGCUUUCGGUUCGAUGCGAUGCCCGAUCUGGUGGCCCUGACGUGCUUCGGCUCGGGCGAGAUGUUUUGCGAGGUAGUCAUCGUGUGGCAUCUGGUCCAAAGGAAGUCGUUCGACGCUGCCUUCGGAGUGGUCAUGAGCAUGGCCACUUAUGGGGUGUUCUUGGCUUACCCCCUGCUCCUCUGGCACGGCUGCUAUAAUAGCAUCUCCCACAUCAUUGUCACAGGUCCCACAGAGACCUGCAUUCACUUUCUCUUCAUCAUAUUUGGCUUUAGUCUGUUGCAUGUAUCCAUGAGCGGUUAUGAGUUUCGGAUGUCGCUGUUCUUCUAUUUGCUGGCUGUGACUGGUAUUUACUUGAUAUUUCAGUGGAUGACGUACUAUAAUUGGGUGCAUUCCUUUGCAACGUUAUAUAAAAUCUGA